CGCACAAUUGCACACAAAAAAAUCAAACUCCACUAUCUCUCUCUCUCUCUCUCUGGCAUUUCAUUUCUACCCUGCAAAAAACCUAAUCCCCCCAAAUGGCAUCAAAUCCGGCAACUAUAGAAGAUCCCAGUCAAAACUCCAACACUGACGAGGAAACCAUCGCUCUCAAGAAGAAACGGUCGCGGCGCGUGAGCUUCGCUGACCGCGAAAUCACUUCCGUCCAUAUCUUCAACCGCGACGAUGAAUACGAGACCCCUCCUGACCCCCCUUCCACGAAAUCCCCCAUAUCCGACACAGACGAUGAAGUUCGUGCUUUUUUCGGUGACCUCGCCGAUAGCGAUGAUUCUAAAGAAAUAUCUUCUCCCACUGGUGCCGAUGAUGACGAUAACGAUUAUUCGAUCAAUUCCAGGAAGUCGUUUUUUCGGCCAGUCGAGUCGCCGUCUCCGGGUGGCAGCAGUAUCGUUGGCUCUGCUUCUUGUAACGAUGAGGACAACUUUUUUGGGCCUGUGUCAGCGAGUUUUAUUAGAGCUGGAAGAUUAUCUGAUUCUGGUGCAUCGGAUUGUAAUCUUGAUGUUACCAUGGAUUCGACUGCAUUUUCAAUGCAUUACCGAAGUCUUGUGAGGUCAGUGUCGGGAGAAGAGUUUAAGACUCCCACUGAGGUUCGUGUCGCUGCGGAAGAGAAAACACCUUCGAAUAUUACCACCCCUUCUGAUCCAGGGAGUUCCAUGGUACUGACACAAGAGAAGAAGGUAACUUCGCAGAAUGUUUCUGGUUUUGUGCAAGGUAGUGGGGGUAGAGAUUCAAAUGAUAUGAGUCUUGUGGGAGAAAACUUGAAGAGUUAUGACUAUGGGAAACUUUCUCCUGGUUUGGAAGCACUUUUAUCAGAAGCUAUGAAGGAGCCGCAAGCGGCUUCUGGUUUCCUUUCUGAUUCUAGUAAUGUGAAAUUGUUGGAGAGGAGUGAGGUUUCUAUGUUUGAUGAGAAUGAGAGCAGUUGCAUGGAUAGAAAGGAUUGCGAAGAUAUAGAAGUUGGCAAGUUUGACAUGCUUGACGUAUCUACCAAGGGAGUAUCUGUGGCCAGCAUGGAAUUGGAUGAGGCAAAUGUCAUUUCUGUGAGCACCAAUGCUGGCCAGUGCAGCACACCUGAUAGAACGCAAGGUGUGGCAGUGGAUGCAUUCACUCAUCACCAAGUACAAAGCCCUAUUCAGCUAAGCAAAGUGCAAACUGCUGAUCAGCUGGGUGGAGUGCAAAUGCCUAAUCAGCUGAGCAAAAUACAAACUCCCAAUCAGAUGAGCAUAUUACAAACUCCUAAUCAGAUGAUGCCUGUGAAGAAGGACCACAGUAAAGCUGCAAUUGCAAUGGAUGUGGAGUUGCCUGAUGCUAGUGUCGGCAUCACAUCUAAAAUGGAUACUCAAGUUUUGAAGCUCAAUUCAUUAAAAAAACAUGAAUCUGGACAGCAUUCAGCUGGCAUUCUUAAAGAUCAUUAUUUUGAGGAUAGAAGAAAUCAAUACAACAAUGAUCAUAAUUCUGAUCAACAACACAGUUCCAUAUCUUCUUUGUCUGCUAAAAGAAGGCAGGAGAUAUUUUUGGAUGCUUCUAAUUCCUGUAGACAAUUAUCAUAUGCGACUCCUUCACCGAAACAACCAGAUUGCUUUUUAAGCAAGGCAAACUUAAAAAGCAGUGGGAUUCAGCCUUCUCCCCUUGUGUCUAGUUUGAAAGAUAGAAUUGAAAUAUCAAAACUCAGAUUGUCAAAGUUCAUUUCUUCUGCAACUUCUUUCAAUUCAGGGGUGGAAGAAAACAACAAAGCAGAUAAAACUAGCAAACAGGUGGAUUCCCCAGUUAUGAACUUAGAAAAACAUUUCUCUAGCAUUGGCCCGAAGGACAGAGAUCAUGAGAGGUUAAGGUUAAGGAACAUAGUUGGCUAUGGUACUGUGGCUCCAAGUGAUUUUGAUAAUUUGACUAACAGUGGAGGAACUGUAAGCCUUUCAGAAGAUGGGGAAUCUCUUAUGCACAUGUCUGCAUGUAUUCUUUCCAAGGAGAGGGAAGUCCGACCACAUAUUUUGGCCAAGAAAUCCGACAGGACAUCAGUUAUCCCUGAAUCCUCCUCAUCAGUGGAGAUCAAAGUGGAUUUCACAAAUCUUCUGAAAACAACCAAUGCAUCUGAUAAUUUUGUUUCUCCUCCAUUGAAGGUUUUGGAUCAGGGGUUAUCAUCAAUACAACAUCAAGAAAGUCUCUCUGGCGACAUGAAGCAGCAACUGACAUUUGAUGAACCUGUUAGUGUUGGCUCCAAUCAAGACAAGAAUUCAGUAGGUAAUGUUUCCAUCAGUGCCCAUGCCACUGCAGUAACUGACAAAUUGUUAUCAUGGUUUGCUGAAAGGAAACCACAAUCUGGUUCACUUCUUGAUAUUAAUUAUUCGGAAGACAGUUCGCAAGUGAAAUGGGUGGAUGACAGGCAGGGUUAUCUUCAGAAUAAGCAUGGUGCAUCUAAAUCUCCAAUGAACUUCCAAACUCCUUUGAGGGAGAGGGAUGCCUCAAAUAUUCAUCCAGUAAGGCCAGACAGGAAUAUCCUAAUUGUUGCUCCUGACCUGAGACAUUCUGAAGAGGAACUUCCCGGGGAAAGAAAUAAAUCUUCUCUGUACACUUCAGCCUCCGUCUACAGUCCUAAGAAUGUAAAUGGCUCGUCACUUAAGGAUAUUCAGAGUUCUUCUGGUCGAAAAAGAAGAAUUAGAGAAUCAGUUCUUGACGAUGCAGAACAUGCAGAAGAAAUUGGGAGGAUAAAAAGGAGCCCAGAAAAUAGGAAUCCGCAUUCUGAUAUGAAGUCCAUGCUGGAGUCUUAUGAAAGCAUCAAUGAUAGGGAGGUGGUUAUAGAUGGCUCGACAGUGAAACAUUGGACUGAUAUUUCACUAAAAUUCUCGGGGGACACAAAACAGUUGCUCUCUCCAUCAAUUGAUAAGCUAAAUAUUAAAGUGAUUGGUGUGUUGCAAGAUAUUUUGGUUCACCUGCAGAAGGUUAAGAAGUUUGAGAUGCUUUGUUCCCAAAUUCAGCCUCAGCCUCAGAAAACAUGUGAUCUGUCCAGUGAAGUUAGGAGUAAAAGAAUAGAUGAAACAAGAUCGGUGCUUUCCAAGUUAGUGUUUGAAAGGGCAAGGCUACAAUUAAUGUCUGCCAAGCGUGAGAAACUGCUGAAAAGAGCACGGCAACUGAGCUCUGCAAUUCAGGAAUCCAAGAUUUUGAAGUCCAACAGUAUCUGGCAAUUGUCUGUGCCUGGUGAAGUUGAUGAUAAUCUUCAAAAUUCAUGCGUGGAUAAAAAUGGAAGAAAAAUAGAGGAUUCCGAUGAGAAAGUAAUCACAAUGAGGCAUGAAGCUGAAGCUUUAGAUAGGAAUAUAAAGAGUUUAACUAAAUCUUUCCAUAGUUACUACAAAAUGAAAGGCGAGCAAAGCAGUGGCGAGACUAUUGCACUAGUUAAUGAUCAUCUGAAGAGGAGAACCUCUUGCAGGUUCAUACGCAAGGAUUUACAGUUGUGGGAAGUUGAGGAUCUGAGGAGCAGGAAUGGUCAACUAAAUUUUGUGCUCAACUACCAUGACUUCAUCAGCCAAAGGUUCACAAUAAAUGCUGUUCCCACCCGUAGUAUAUCUAUUGCAAACCAAUUGAAGCACACAACCAUCAUGAAGAUCUUCCCUAAUAUGGAUGCUUGUGUAGCAUUUUCAUAUGCUCUAAAUUCUGAGACUACUAAGAAGUAUGCGAGCUCCAAAAUUCUGGCACAGGAAACACAAGUUACCAGUUCACUAUUGCAUAAUCUACUAGAUGUGACUGAGGAAGUACAGCAGGCACAAAUAGAAAUCAGAAAUCUGGUUAAGACAAGCUUUUCUUCUCCAUCUGUUGAAAAGCUUGAUUUGCUGCUUUGUUUCGUUGAUUUUAACACUGGUUGGAAGGUGGUGGUGACUCUUGACAUGACAUGUUUGAAUCGUGGAGUUUAUCCAUUAGCAGCUGUUCCAUAUGAGUUACAAGCUUCUACUAAUGGAACACACAAGUUGUUGCCCGAGUCACUCUCAGCUCAAGUAAAAGCUGCUGUUGAUAAUCUUAGAAUCGGCUUUUCAAGGAUUGCAAGGCUUUGCAAAUGCAUUUCUCAGGUGAUGCAAUCCUUAAGCACUUGAAUGCAGUGAAGGGUCCAUCUGUAUUCUGUACUUACUUUCUGGGUGUUCUGGUCAGUUUGCUGAUUUUACUAUCAUAUCAUUCUAUACCUAUAAUCAUUAGUAGAGAUGUAUUGUUCACGAUUAUUUGGUGCAAUAUGGAUGGAGCGAAACUUCAGAAUA